ACACGACACCGACGAGCAUAGUGCCACUUGGACGUCCUAGCGAGGAGGAGUGCCAAACCUCCCUUUGCUGGAUCCUUCAUAGGAUACUUUCCCUCUGGUCCCGACGCGCUCCCUCGCUCCUCCACGAUGCAUGACGUCUUCGACUCAAUCCGGGGUCUGCUGAAGGUGAACUCCCUCAGCGUGGACAACAAGAUCUUCCAGCUGCACUACAAAGUCACGAUGUUCUUUCUCCUGGCGUGCAGCUUGCUCGUGACGCAGCGGCAGUACUUCGGCGACCCCAUCGACUGCAUUGUGGAGACGGUGGAUCAGGAAGUGAUGGAUACCUACUGCUGGAUCCACGCGACGUUCACCAUCCCCGAAAUGAACGGCGCCAUCGUCGGGCACGAGGUGGCGCACCCGGGCAUCGCGAACCCUAACGUCCCCGGGGAAGAGAAGCGCGAAAUCAAACACCACAAGUACUACCAGUGGGUGACCCUCGUCCUGGCGCUGCAGGCGCCUCUUCUCUACGUCCCGCGAAAGAUGUGGGAAGGAGGCAAGAUUAAGAUGCUGGUGAUGCAGCUGGACACGCCCAUUGUUGACGAUGAUGUCAAGAAGGAGCGCAAGGACAUGCUCGUCUCUUACUUCAAGAUGAAUAUGAAUAAUCAUAACUUCUACGCGUUUAAGUACUUCACGUGCGAGGCCCUGAACUUCAUCAAUGUGAUCGUACAAAUCUACGUGACUGAUGCGUUCCUCGGCCACAGCUUCUCGAGGUACGGCCGCGAGGUUAUAGAGUUCAGCCAGCAGGAGAUCACCUCGAGGGACGACCCCAUGGACCGCGUGUUCCCCAAAGUGGCCAAGUGCACCUUCCACAUGUCAGGAGCCUCGGGCAGCCUGGAGACGCACGACGGCCUCUGCGUCCUCCCGCUUAACAUCUUCAACGAGAAGAUCUACAUUUUCUUGUGGUUCUGGUUCAUCAUCGUCGCUGUGAUCACGGCCAUCGGUCUGCUCUACCGCGUCGCCACCUUCCUCCCCGGCUUCAGGCAGAUCCUCCUGAGGACCAAGUCGCGCCUCGCCUCCUCGGGAUCGGUCGAGGCAGUCACACGUCGCUGCGAGAUCGGCGACUGGUUCCUCCUCUACCAGCUGGCCAAGAACAUGGACCCUCUCAUAUACAAGGAGUUCAUGAGCGAACUAGCCUACAAGCUGGACGAAAGAAGCUGAUUCCUGAAGUUUCACAGAAGAAAAAGCUGAGAAACACAUUCCUUUUCUUGUACCAAAGAUCUUAAAGGUCUUCCCGUAUUAAGCAACUUUAGGUUAUGUAGUGGUGGGUAUAGAUUGUAGAUAUUUCAUACUUUUUUAUUCAUCAUGAAUAACAAAGUAUGGUAUUUCAGUUCUCUGUGGUAUAGAAUAAGAAAAGAAGAAAUGUAUUUGUGUACAGUUCGUCCCAUCACCAAAAUGCUCACAUUUUACGAACAUUCCUGAGGCUACAAUGAUAAUAUGAUUCCUACAUUGUAUGCCCUUUCUUUGUAUUGUAUAAUAAAGUAUGUGUGUGACCAAGUAUUGUAUCUCGGAUUUGGGUGCGAUGUGUAUCAUGAUUUUUUUUCAAUAGAGGCUUAUUUGUAUA